CGAGAAGUCAGUUGAAGUUUGCCCUCAACAGGGCUACGACUGUACGCUGCAUUCUCGUAUCACUGGAUCGUCCUGCCAACGACAUGAAACCAACCAACCAAGAGAUAUAAGGUCUUGAUGAAACCCAAAUUCGAGUGGUAAAGAAUGGAGAGUAGAGACGGACAAGAGGUGAAGGAGAAUGAGAGCCAGGUGGAAGGGAUAAUGAAGGAGAAAGAUGAGCAGAAGGGAGAAGGGAGAAUGGAGAACAAUACAAAAACUCUACAAGUGUCUAGUAGCUCUGUAGUUGUAGAAUCUGGAACUGAAGACUUGGCAAAAACUCUGAGAAAUGUUCAAAGUACUACAAGUGUAAUCCACCAUGGCAGAAGUAGUAAGUCAGGUGGUCUGAGGCAGGUAGUUGGCAGCCUUCCGCCAAUAGGUGAAAAUAAGACUGAAAACUCCAUUCCCGAAUCCUACCCCAUCUACUUCGGCAUCAAGAGCUACAUUCAAGAUUUCUACUAUCCCCCUGAUGCUCAUAUUAUCAACAGUGGAGAAUAUGUACAGGACGACUUUGAAUUCGUGAUAGAGCCUGGCAAAAGAAGAUGGCGGAACCUGUGGUUUCGCAUUGGUCUGUGGGGAGGCAUAAAUCUGCUGAUGCUUGGCAUCAUUGCUCUACUAGUCGGGCACCUCACGCCUCCAAGGGAAACUGUAGUCGCGCGAUUAGAUAACUUAGAAAUCCUAGACAGAUGGGCAAUAACAUUCAACUCACGUCUGCAACUGUGCAGACUGACUGGAGUGACACUGUUCUGCAUAGGAGGCAUAGUUCUGAUGCUGACACUUCUCAUCUCCAUCUACAAGCAAGAAGGAGAGGCCGCCUUCUUCAUUGUUGACACUAGCAGACUGGUGGCCGGCACCAACUUCACACCUUCUCAGUCGAAAACGUCUUGCUCUGUCUCGUCUCGCAUCCCUCUGUCCGGUAUACUCAAGCCUGUACAGCCUCUUCCCGGCCAGUAAAAAUAAGUACAACAUGCCA